UCCCUCUUGGACGCAAACCCGUACGGACCUUCGUUUCUCGCCUCCCUCCCCUCCCCCCCUGCCCAGUAAUGUUAUCACGGAUAUUGUUGGUGGCUGCGGCGGCGACGCUGGCGGCGGCGGCGGCGGUGGAGGAGCCGGGGGCGGACAGAGAAGGAAAAUUGUCCCUCCCUCACAUGUUCCAUAUCGUGACAUUUGACAACGGUCCAUGUCACGCCAAGACGGGGGAACACGGCACUUGUUUUAGCCAGAAGGAAUGUGAUGGUCUGGGCGGUUCAGCAUCUGGGACCUGUGCUAAUGGAUUUGGUGUUUGCUGUGUUUUGACAGCAACGUGUGGGAAGACAAUUAGCGUUAACAACACCUACUUCGUUAACGAGAACCAUCCCAGCACCAUCACUUACACUGGGACAGAAUAUGAUUCGAUGGGACACCUUAAGUCUACAGCUGAUUACUACGGAACUCCCAGCACUUGUUACGUCACCCUGGAGCCGCCUUAUGGGACGUGCCAAAUUCUACUGGAGUUCGUUGACUUUGAACUGAGCGGGCCCACACAAGGGGACUGCACCAAUGACACCUUCGUAGUCCACGGUGCCAACCCAGGGUGUGAGAUCCCAACCCUCUGUGGCAACAACGCAGGACAGCAUAUGUACAUUGACGUGGACAACUCUCAAGGGCCUUUCAAACUGGCUGUGGUUCUGUCCAGCCUUCACGUGCCAAGGCGGUGGAAGAUCAAAGUCUCAUUCAUAGAGGCACACAAUCCCUGCAAGGCCCCGGCGCGCUGUCUACAGUACUAUAAGGAGACUUCAGGCUCAUUCAGCUCAUUCAAUUACCACGGCACGCCUGGAAUGAUGCUAAACAAUCAGAAAUACACGAUCUGCUUCGCCUACGUGCCCGGCUACUGUGACAUCGGUAUUGACUUCCACCGGUUCGAUCUCGGCAACACUUAUGGGGAGUGCACCGAUGACUACGUGGCGAUCAGUCAUAUGAAGACCUGCGGAGAUUAUCAACAGCUCUCCGUCAUUGCCAACGCGACCGGCCCUAUUCACCUCGGAGUGUGUUCAGAUGACAGCAAUGAUAAGGAGGAGGAAGGUUUCUACGCCCAGUAUCUCAUGUUGGGAUGCCAUUAACUUCCCAUGACCUAUUCUGAGUCAACACGUGACCUAAAAUGACCUCCUGUGACCUUUGACCUCCAUUAUUCAAAACCUACGGAAAGAUUAUAAAAAAAACACCGAUUUAUUUUUUCUAAGUCGUGUUUUUUUGUUUUCCGUUUUUUUUUUUUGUUCUUUAUUGUUAAGAUUCUCAGUUGAUUGUUGUUGUUUGUUUGUUUGUUUGUUUGUUUGUUUAUUAAUGCUUUGAAACACUCACGCACACUCAAACAACUUCUAUUUAUUUAUUUUCAUGUUAAUCCUCAUUUCUAUUAUCUUAUUUUUCUAUUUUUUUUUUUUUUUUUAUCUUUUAAACGCUCAAUUGCUUAUUUCAAAACUCAUCUAUUUAUAUAUUCCCAUAAAUACCAAAUCUCUCUAUUUAUAUAUUAAUUUCUCUUUCGUCUAUUUAUCUAUUUAGUUUUGCAUCUUUCUUUCUUUUUUUGCAGACUUUCAUUUGACUAACUUGUUCAUUUUUGUCUCAUUCCUUUACGCGUCUCUCUCUCUAACUCAAAAUUGAUGACCUUAAAAGAACGGAUUUUUUAUUUAUUUAUUUAUUUUAUUAUUAUUUUCCAAGCUUUAAAACUCUCAAGGAACAACAAUAUAUAUUUUUUUUCGUCAUUUCAUUAUUUAUUUUUUAAUCUUUUUAUCUCUCUAACUCAAAAUUGAUGACCUUAAAAGAACGGAUACUUUUUAUUUAUUUAUUUAUUCUAUUAUUUUUUUUUCCAGGCUUUUAAAACUUUCAUGAACAAUAUAUAUUUUUUCGUUAUUUCAUUAUUUAUUUGAUCUUUUUCAUCAUAAAAAUGGAAAUAAUCAGUAAAUAUUCAAAUAAGCGAAUUAAGUCAAUAUAAUAAGCUAUCUAUCACAAAUUAAUCCUUUAUUUUGCUAUCAUAAUAAAUACAGUUUUCUCAAAAGGAACGGAAAUUUUCACCUUAACAGAAAAAAAAUAAAUUAAAUAACAAAUUCUAUAACUUCUAAAACAAUUCAUUAUUUUUAUUUGUCGUUCUUUUAAUAUACAUAAAAAAAAAUUAUUUACAUUUAUUUAUUUUACAGAGAUGAGAUUUCUUCCUUUUUUUUCUAUCCUAAAAUUCUUAUCCCUCAUUAUUUUCACAACGCUUUUCUUUCUCGCAUGAAAAUAAAAAAAAAACCUUCCCUUAUUUUUCUUUCAUUUUUUUCUUUUUCAUUUCUUACAUUAGAUUAAAAAAAAAAAUAAAACAUCUUUCAUUUUUUUUCUGCAUUAUUUCAACAUUAACUUUCUCGCAUAACACAAAAAUCCUUCACUCAUUUUUAUUUUUCUCCUUCAUUAUUUAAACAUUUUCUUUUCUCACAUUAAAAAAAAAAACAUUCUCUAAUUUUUCUCCUCCAUUAUUUAAACAUUUUCUUUUCUCACAUUAAAAAAAAAAACAUUCUCUAAUUUUUCUCCUCCAUUAUUUCAACACUUAAUUUUCCCACGUAAAAAAAAACCCUGUAAUUUUUAUCUUCCACAAUUCAAACGCUUUCCUUUCCCACAUAACAAAAAACCCUUCCAUAAUUUUUCUCCUUCAAUAUUUAAACGUUUUCCUUUCUCUCGUAAUAAAAAAACAGCUUCUCCUUUGUUUAAUCUUAAAAAGGAACCAUUCAUUCUCUUCCCGCCUUCCCUAUUGCUCAAGAUGGCGGGUGUGACAACAUGUAUUAUACUGUAAAAUAAUGAUGUGGGCUGCAAGAGACUUUGUAUAGAACUGUACAGAUAAUUCCGUUUUUUUUUUUUUUUUCUUAUUAUUUAAGAUUAUUUGACGCGAAUGUUCGUUAUUUGUUAGCAUAAGGUUGUAUUUAAUUAAUUUUUUUUUGUUACAUAUUUUUUUUAAUUAGUUUUUCCUUCUAGGUUUUUCAAAAUGGUUGUAAUUUAUUUCUUAUUUAUUCACUGUUAUUUUGUUUCCAUGCACCGUUAUUUAUUUAUUUAUUUGUUAAUUUAUUUCUCGUGUGAAUGUGAGAGAGAGAGAGAGAGAGAGAGAGAGAGCGAAUGCGUAAUUAAUUGUUUUUUUUAUAAUGGCAUAACUCUUUAAUAUUUAUUACUAUUAUAACAUAUUAGCUAAGUUAUUCCUUUAAUUAAUGACGAUGUUAAGCUUUAUAAUGAUCAAUGGAAAAGGAAAAAAAAGAAAAAAUAUAAACGAAAGCUCAGGGCAAUUCUUAAAGGAACGGCAAGAGAUUUGAAAAUAGAAAUAGAAAUAUAAAUAAAUAAAUAAACUACAAAUAAUGAAUAAUGAAAUAAAGAAAAUAAUAAUGAAGAAAAUGAUGAAAAAGGCAAGAGAAAUAUAUAUUAUCGUUGUCUGUCUAUAUGUAUGUCACUGAAAAUAAAGAAAAUUGUAACAUGGAAAAGAUAUUAUCAAUAGAAAACGUAAAACAAGAUCAAACAUUUAAUAAACUUCGUAACAUAACAAA